AUGUUGGCGACGAAGUAUGACGAUGAAGCUCUGACGGCGAUACUACGUGAAGCGAGGGGGAGGGGCCAGAUGAAGGAUCUUGCUGACAGACUCUCGAAGGCACGGCUCUCGAACUGGUUUCAUGAAGGCGUAACAGCAGACGCUGCCUUCCUGAAGCUAAACCUGCCGGCUGGUGGGACCAUGCUGGUGUGGUUUCCAGAGACGCGGCUUUGGCUCUCGUUCGUGUCAAGGCUGCAUCCAAAGAAUACAGACGAUAUGAUCCUCUCUGUGCUCAAGACGCACUACAAAACCGACGAGCAAUUAGGCCACGUGCUUCAAUAUGGUUUGACCCCCAAUGCGGACAUCGCGGCGAGACUAAAGAAGAUCGUGUUCAAGUAUUGGCUACGCGAGCAGAAAUCGGCCGAGAAUGUGUUCGAGUUUCUGCUCAAAAGACACAGAAACUUUGUCUUCCAAACUCGCGAUUUGGACGACUGGGUUGAAUACGUGUAUAUGGUUGACAUGAAGACGCCGCUGACGACCAUGUUCAAGGUGCUAGACAAGCGUUUCGGGCGUGACCUGCCCAACAUGCUGGACAAGGCUUUAAAAGUGCCGCGUACCAAGAAACUUGCUGAAAUGUUGGUGACCAAGCUGUAA